AUGUUUUACAGGGCGCGUCGCCUGUUUACUGCCUCUACGUACCGGCAUGCCUCUGCCGCAGAAGCCAGCGCUGAACUAUUUGGUCGAUGGGGCAGUGGGAAACCCGUUUCAAUCAGAAAGCAGAUCCUCGACGCGAACCAAGUUCAUUUGCUGAACAUCACAUUGAACCGCACCCCAUCUUCGAACGACCCACCACCAGAAGGCAGCCCUGUACCUGCCGGGCACCAUCUCGUGUACUUUACGCCGAGCAUCCUCGAAACCGAACUUGGCCUCGACGGUACGGAUCGUACUGUCAAUCCUCUGACACCAUACACGCGACGUAUGUGGGCGGGUGGAGAGUUGACAUGGACGCAAGACACGAAGGCGCUGCUAAGGGUAGGCCAGGAGGUGCGCGAGACUACAAGACUUGUAUCCGCAGAGCCGAAGAAGCUGAAGAAUGGUGGGGAUAUGCUAGUUGUUGGCGUGGAAAAGACUUUUGAGAAUGAAACAGGUGUCGCGCUUGUAGACAAAAGAAGCUGGGUCUUCCAAAAGGAAAUACCGCCAGAGAGUGCUCUGAUACCACCUGCUAAACCCGCGGCAAAGGCCUUGCCAUCUGGCGAGCACACCAAAGACUUUUGCCAGUCAGACGUAGCCUUGUUCCGGUUCUCCGCACUGACGUUCAACGGACACAAGAUUCACUUCUCGCCAGAGUGGUGCAGGCAAGUUGAAGGGCACAGAACCUGUGUGGUUCAUGGACCUCUCAAUCUAAUUAAUAUCCUGGACUUCUGGCGGGACACAGCAAAGAGUGGAAGUGCUGAAGCAGUGCCCAUGUCAAUUUCGUACCGUGCAAUGUCCCCUUUGUACAUGAGCGAACCGUACCGAAUUCUGCUUGGACGAGGCCCUCAGAGUGGCAGCAAUGGCGAGUGGAAUGCAGACGUUUGGGAUAGCUAUGGCAAACAGAGCAUGAAAGGGACCAUCAAAGAGUAG